AUGUCGUGGUUUCGAUUUCCAAACCGGGCAGCACGUUGUGUUAUUGAACGAAAUACUUCAUUUCACUUUGCAAUCAUUUCGUCGUCUGGAAAAGCUGAACACUAUUUGUCAACAUCUGAAAUUACAGAGAAAAUAUUAAAGAAAUGUGGCGGAUAUGGGUUAUUUCAAAAGAUACUCUCUAUUUUUGUUUUAAUGGUUGUAAUGAUUGAUGCUAUUGAAACUUUAGCUAUGGUGUUUAUUAGGGAGACGGUUCCAUUUGCUUGCUAUCCUGCAAAUUUCAAUGAAUCCAUGAUUCCAUCAAAUAUUUCUUUGGAUGAAUUCUUAAGUGAUGUAACUGUCAAAGAGGGGAAAUGUUCCGUGUAUAACCUGGAUACUGAAGACGGAUUCUAUGUCCUACCCACAAAUAAUUCUACAAAGGAACCCUGCAACUAUGGUCGAAAGUUCUACACUGAGGAUUUGUCCUCUAUUGUAUCUGAGUUUGAGUUGGUUUGUGACAAAGAAUGGCUGAAAAAUAUUGCAGUGUCUGCAAAUUUUGCGGGUAUCUUUGUUGGGAAUUUAGUCUUUGGUAUACUUUCAGACAGAUUCGGCCGAUAUAAAACCUACUGCAUUGGAGAAAUAAUUUACAUGUGUUGCAGUUUAACCAAAAUAAAUGCACCAAAUUAUAUUGUGUUCGUCGUUAUGUAUUUUCUGGAAGGAUUCGGAUCUGCAGGCACCUAUAUAAUCUUAUACACCAUUUUGAUAGAAUGUGUCUCUCAGAAUUAUAAAAUGCGCUUGAAUUUUAUUUGUCAUGGAAGCUUCGCUGUUGGAGGAGUAAUCUUAGGCGGUUUGGCGUAUUUACUUCGUAAAUGGAAGCAUCUAUUGUAUGCUGCAUGGUCUCCACACAUUCUGAUAUUCAUUAUUGCUUUGAAAUAUCUUCCCGAAUCUCCUAGAUGGCUUCUUAAUAAACAAAGAUUCGCAGAAGCUGAAAAAUCCUUCAACAGGAUCGCGAAAUUAAAUGGAAAAGACAACGAGGAUAUGGUAAAUCUGAUUCGGGAACUUCAAAGGAAAGCUGAAAGCAAGUCCAAAUUCGAUGAGGAAGUUGUGGGAAAUAAGAACUUAGGAAAAAAGCAAAGAAUUCCUGAAAAGCCGAAAACUGUAAUUGAUUUAUUAAAAAGGCCGCGAAGUGCGAUGAUUCCUAUAAACAUUUGGUUUAACUGGUUUGUUAACAGUAUGCUUUACUACGGAGUGACAUUAAAUUCUGUUGAUAUGUCCGGAAAUCGUUAUGUAAACUAUUUGAUGAUGGCAGUAAUAGAAAUUCCAGGCAACAUUCUUGGGUGUAUAACCUUUCAUUGGUUUGGUCAUCGUAAGCCGAUCGUUUUCUUCAUGGUACUUGCAGGAAUUAACUGUAUUGUCUCAAACUUUGUGCCAAAAGUUAGCGUUUGGUUUCCUCUGAUAUUAGCUGUUGUCGGGAAAAUGGGUGUGACAGCAUCAUUUAAUGGUAUUUAUUUAACCUCGGCAGAACUAUUUCCAACGGCUGUACGCAACAGUGGCAUGGGAACUGCUUCAUCGUUUGCUCGAGUUGGUGGGAUUGUUGCACCAAUAUUUCUCGGACUUUCCACAUAUGGCUCUUGGAUACCUCUCACUGUAUAUGGAAUCUUCGCAGUUGUUGCUGGAUUGCUGAUCCUUUUACUACCCGAAAUGAAGGAUGCUUGUUUACUUCAAACACUGGAAGACAUGCAUAAUUUUUAG